UGACGCUGCUGACUGAGGAUGUGGGCAGGAAACGCCAUGCAAGAAGGGAAAGGCAGCGAUCACGCUUUUCAGCGCUGUUGCACAAUACAGAGUGAUCAAAAUGCGCUGUAACUGGCGUCGCUAAAUGUCUAGGAGCGGCUCUUCUCCUCGGAUCCGUAAGCCGCUUUCAAACAAGAGCAGGCCCGGAGCAUUGGCCGACACAGGAGUCGAGUAUCCGCGGCAGUGGGCAGCCCUCCCAGACAGCUCGCACUGAAAACAUUGGGCUGGUCGUCGGGUGGGAGCAGCAGGCUUCGUCGCGCUAAAGGAGGUAUCUGCUGCGUUUCUGUCUAAAAACAAUCAUGAGGGAGUAUAAAGUGGUAGUAUUGGGUUCGGGAGGAGUCGGGAAGUCGGCACUUACGGUUCAGUUCGUGACAGGCUCUUUUAUUGAGAAGUACGACCCCACCAUAGAGGACUUCUACAGGAAGGAGAUCGAGGUGGACUCCUCUCCGUCUGUGCUGGAGAUCCUGGACACGGCUGGCACCGAGCAGUUCGCCUCCAUGCGAGACCUGUACAUCAAAAACGGCCAAGGCUUCAUCCUGGUCUACAGCAUGGUCAACCAGCAGAGCUUCCAGGAUAUCAAGCCCAUGAGAGACCAGAUUAUCCGGGUGAAGAGGUACGAGAGGGUCCCAAUGAUCCUGGUGGGCAACAAGGUGGAUCUGGAGGGGGAGAGAGAGGUGUCCUCAGGAGAGGGGAAAGCCCUGGCCCAGGACUGGAACUGCCCCUUUAUGGAGACAUCAGCCAAAAACAAAGGCUCUGUCGAUGAACUUUUUGCAGAAAUAGUGAGACAGAUGAACUACUCCACUGUUCCCAGCGGUGGAGACCAGUGUUGUUCCUGCGUCCUGCUCUGAGCGCACAAACCUGACAGCACAUGUACCCCAGGGGGUGAAAAGUUGUCCCUUUGUAAAAGUAUUCUCACCUCACACUGCUGUCUUAUUGUUGCACAGAAAUCAACGAUGACAACAAUCGGUGAUGUAUCAUAGUCUGGAAGUGUUUACAUGAUAAAGUACUUGAAUGUUUUUUCUGGAUUUUUUUAUAGCUUUGUAUUUGACACUUCUCUGGAAAUGUGCCUCAAAUAUAGACUGUAUAGAAAGAUGGAUUCUGUUAGCUGUCAAAGUCUGAAGCAAUGCUGUAGGGCAUCUUUUUAAAUGGCAAUAUAGGUCUCAUUCUACCAAACAAACAAUUUUUUAAUUGUCUUAAUAUCACCACAUACAACAGGUAUAUGGCAGCUUAUUUUCAGCUUAAUUUUCUGAUCAUCAUAAUCAGUACAUCUAUCUUUACAUACAGUCUAUGGCUACAAAGGAACCCUUAUUGUACAAACCUAAGAGACACCUAUUUACUGUUUGUGUCCUCAUAGAGCGGUGGAUUUUGUCAAGUUGUACUGUCACUUAUUUCGGGCUGGUUAAUAUUUCUUCUUUCUGCCUUGGAGAUUUGUUUUUGGUGAUAAUGGGGGAGGUGUUACAUGUGUCAAAACCUGGCAGUGCAGCAAGCGGCAGGGAUUGGACACUUUUAAUGGUGAUUUUUGGGGAGGAUCAAAUCGGAGAGGCCUGUUUUUAGUAUUUUUAAAACUCUCAUAUCACUCACCACUCGAGCCUUGCAUAGGUUUUCUCUAACCCAGCCUCCCAGGGGUGUAGGUCCACCCACCCGUGUGCUUGUCUGUUUAAAGCUGUGGACCAUGCCCCCACACAUUUAAAAAUACAUUGUUUUUUUUCCCUGUUGCACUUAUCUGAUGACAUUUCUCCUCAGAGUGCACAAGCAAAAAAAGAACCAUAGUUGAAUUGCUAUCUAUUGCUACAUGGGGGGGUACACUAAGCCCUCAUGUAAAGUGCCUUCCUAUAAGAAAACUCCUGUGACUGUGCCAAUAAAUGAGCCCGGCUUCCUCUGCAGUGCGUCUCAAUGGCAAUCAGAACUUUUUUAGUGUCAAAGUGAACGGACAGACUUGUAAGAAAAGCUCUCAAGGUACUAUUUAUCAAGAAUAACCAAGACUGGAGUUUAUUUUGGAUCACUGAAUGGCAAGCCAUGUCAAUCUGUAUUAUCUAGGUUAUUAUUUUUUUCUUAUUUUAUAAAAUGUGACCUUUUCAGUUACUGUAAUUGUACCAAUAUCGUGGCAAAUGUUCUGCCAUGCAUCUGUCGGUUAAUUAACUUGUAAUACAAAACACAUUUUACAUAA